GCGUUUCGUGAUGAUUUACAAAUUACAGCUGCAUUCUAAAUUACACUGUAGUUUUUCUUCUGCUCCGAAACUGUUCGUCCUCAUUGUCAGUAUUUAUACGGCAGUCGUGGAGUAUUACUGGAUGAAAAAUAGGAUAAGUUUGUCGACGAGUAAUUCUACCAAAAUUGCUGAUGAAUCUGUGAGCAUGACGGCUCUUUGUUGACUCCGAUAUCAGCUGUCUAUUUUCAACCCCGACAACCCGUAAUAAAACCAUGCUGAUUUCUCCGCGCAUCUUUCAUCCUCGCCAUUUCGCUGCUCUCGUCCUCCCCUCAUCUCCCACCCACCCUCCAUCCUGCAGAUCCUUUACCCGACAUCUUCCCCAUCAUUCCCCGCAGCGCUGCGUGCAUUCGCAAGCCAGCAACCCGCACCACGCGCCUCCCAACAGCGAAGAUGAAGCAGAGACCCAUUUCGGAUUCCAGACGGUGUCCUCGCGCGAAAAGACCUCCAAAGUGCACCAGGUGUUCGAGCAGGUGGCCAGCAAGUACGACCAGAUGAACGACGCCAUGAGUCUGGGUAUUCAUCGUCUGUGGAAGGACCAGUUUGUCAGGAUGCUCAGUCCGCGGCCGGGCACGAAGAUCCUGGAUGUCGCUGGCGGCACAGGGGAUAUUGCCUUUCGCCUGAUCAAAUACAUGGACUACGUGCAGCAGCAGCGUCCCUUUGGAUCCGCUGCUCAGCCUCGCCACGCGGCGCCCACGGAGACCAACGAGCUGGGCCUGCCGGUGGAGAAGGAGCCCCCGGUGACGGACGCCUUGCGAGCGGAUGUCACGGUCUGCGAUCUCAGCCAGUCCAUGCUGGACGUCGGCAGGAGUCGCGCCCAGCGCAACGGACUGGAUACGCGGAUCGAUUGGGUGUGCGGGAAUGCGGAGGAACUGCCGUUCCCCGACGACACCUUCGACGCCUACACCAUCGCCUUCGGGAUCCGCAAUGUGACGCAUAUGGACCGGGCUCUGGAUGAAGCGUACCGGGUGCUGAAGCGCGGCGGCCGUCUGAUGGUACUGGAGUUCAGUCAAGUGCAGAAUCCCCUUCUAGAAUGGCUGUAUGAGAAGUAUUCGUUCCAAGUGAUCCCGGUGAUGGGCCAGCUGAUCGCCUCGGACUGGCAGUCGUACCAGUACCUCGUGGAGAGCAUCCGCAUGUUCCCUAACCAGGAGGACUUCCGCCAGUUUAUCGCCGACACCGGCUUCGCCGCGGCCACCUUCCGCAAUCUCACCAACGGCGUCUGCGCCAUCCACAGCGGAUUCAAACUCUGAUCGGGCUUUCCUGCUGAUUUUUUUCCUAAUUUUUCUGGUGAAAUUCAAGGUACCUGUUGCUUUCAUUACUGCGCUCGAAAUGUCAUGGGGGUGUAAAUUGUGAGAAUAACCAAAGAAAAAGGCAAAUAAAUUCGAUUUUGUGGGAAAAAUCUGCAACCAUCCGCUUGUUAUUUUAAAAAAGCCAUACAAAACAUUAUCGUUGAAUUUUAUCGGAAAUAUUUUUUUUAUAAAUUUCCUGGGACAAUUAAUUAUGUUUUAUUGUAACUAAUAAAUUACCGGAAAGCUUUCCAAAGAAACUCGAUUAUUAUUGGGGGUGAUUGUAAUUAAUUGGUGAUUGGGGGUUAUUAUUUUUAUUAUUGGGGGUGAUUGUAAUAUUUCUUUUCUUCGUUGAAUAGUACCGUUUCAUGAAGCGGUAUAUCGCAGUGUAGUGGCUAUUUUCCACUGAUCAUAAAAAAAUAACGA